AUGCUGCGGCGCCGGCGCCGCCAUGUCGACCGGUUUCUCGCUGUGGCUGGGCUCUCGUCUUCUUCGUCAUCUUCUUACCGUUCUUCCGCCUCCCCUCUGAAGCUCUCCUCUUUGUUCGAGUCUCUUGAAGACGCCGACCUGGGGGGAGAAGGGGAGGCGGAGGACGACCGCCUCCAUCGGACCAUCGCGGGGCUCAUCAACGGGCAACCUGUUCCUUGGCCGCCGCAGAUUCUGUUUGCCCUCGCCGCCCUCGCCCCGCGGCUCACCCAGCCCACCAUCGUCCGCGCUCUUGACCUCAUAAAGCCGCCCUCUGCCGCCCUCAGGUUCUUCCGAUGGGCACAAUGCCGCCGCUGCCCUCAGUUAUCCCUUGACGACCGCGCCCACUUUAAGAUGCUCCAGGUCCUCUGCCGCUGCCGCAAUCUCUCCGCCGCAACGGACUUCCUCUUCUCCCUCGACUCCAAGACCACCACCAACGAUUCCGGCGACGCCCGCAUACUCCACGAUCGGUUCUUCAAUGCCCUCAUCCGCGCCCACGCCCGCUCCGGCGAAAUCCGCGAGUCCAUCAAUCUCUUUCGGCGAAUGCGCGACGAGUUCGGCAUCUCGCCCUCUGUUUUUUCCUUCAACAGUCUCCUGUCGGUGCUCCUCCGCCGCGGCCGGACGCACUCCGCCAGGAAGCUCUUCGACGAAAUGGUCCAGCGCGAUGUUGCUGGUGCCGCAGUCACUCCGGACGUCUGCACCUUCAACAUCCUCAUCCGGGGUUACUGCCUCAACUCCAUGGUCGAUGAUGGCUUCCGCUUGUUCAAGGAGAUGGACCGAUGGGGCUGCAAGCCCGAUGUACUGACCUACAACGCCCUCCUCGACGGGCUCUGUCGCGCAGGGAAGACUCGGAUUGCUCACAAUCUGCUCGACGGAAUGCGGAUGAAGAGUCCCGAGAUCCACCCCACCGUGGUCUCCUACACCAUCGUCAUCCGCGGGUACUGUGGGAUGCGCUGUAUCGCGGAGGCGGUGGAGCUCUUUCGGGAGAUGACUUGCUCCGGAGUCAAGCCCAGCAGCAUCACCUACAACACACUGGUGCAGGGGCUCUGCGAGGCCCGGAGGAUGGAUCUGAUCAAGGAGGUCAUGGAGCAGGAAGAAUGGGCCGCUUUCAAACCCGACACCUGCACGUUCAACACCCUGAUCACAGCCUACUGCAACAUGGGCUGCAUCAAGGAGGCCCUCGAGGUGUUCGCCAAAAUGAAGGGUAUGAAGGCGAAGCCCGAUUCGGCUACCUACAGCGUGCUGAUACGCGCGCUGUGCCAAAGCGAGGACUUCCACCGGGCGGAGGCUCUCGUGGACGAGCUAUUGGAGAAGGAGGUGCUCACGAGGAGAGCAGCAGGCUGCUGCGCCCCUCUGAUGGCGGCGUACAACCCGAUCUUCGACUACCUGUGCCGGAAUGGGAGGGCGAGCAAGGCCGGGGCGGUGUUCCGGCAGCUGCUGGCCAAGGGCACCGUGGACGUGGCCUCGUGCAAGAUCUUGAUCUUGGGCCACUGCAGAGAGGGGGCUCUGCGCGACGCUCACGAGAUCGUGGCGGAGAUGGUGAGGAGGGAGCUCAAGCCGGACGAGGACACCUACGAAGCCCUGAUCGACGGUUUCCUGAAGAGAGGAGACGUGGGUUUUGCAAGGAAGACGCUGGAGAAGAUGCACGGCAGCGGACACCGCCCAAAGACCAGCACCUUCCACUCCGUUCUGUCCGGCGUUCUGGGCAGCGGCGGCGGCGGCCUCCUAGAAGGAGCUUGCGACCUGCUCACGACGAUGCUGGAAAGGAAGAUCCGGCCGAGCCUGGACCUCUCAACAGCGCUUGUUUCUGGGCUUUUCAGGGCUGAUCUAAGCGCGAAAGCGUUCGAAGUUCUAGGGUUGUUGUAUGACAGCGGAUAUAGAGUGAAGAUGGAGGAGUUGAUGGCCUCUCUCUGUGAUAGCCAGAAGCUGCCCGAGGCACGAGACCUGCUGCUGUUUUGCCUGAAGCAACCGCAGCAAAAGGUGGAUGCCCAGGUGUGCGGCAAGGUGACGAUGGGGCUGUGCCAGGCCGGGAGAGCUUCCGACGCAUUUGGGCUGUUCCAAGAACUGACCGAGAGGGAGGUGGGUCUCUCGACAGGCAUCCUCAAGGACUUGGAAGCUGCACUCGAGGCCCAAGGGAAACUGAAGCAGGCUCACUUUGUUUCCAAACGGAGAAUGAGAGAAGAAUCUGCGGGUGGAGGCCAAGAUUGA